AUGCUCACGCCUGGGGUUCCAGUGAUGGACCGCCUGACUGCCAGCCUCGAGGAGCAUUUCAAGUGCCGACAGGCUGAAGGGAAGCUCCCAGCAGAACUGAAAGUGACUGUCAGUGGGCCACGUGAACCUGGCGAAGGGGAGCAUAAAAUCAUGCUCCAACUCGUGAGGAAUGAAUCUGCAAAGGCGCGCGAAGACGAAAAUCACGUUAUCGUUGGCACCGAUUCAGAUUUGUUCCUAGUCCCAGUGGCCCUGCUGGGUGCUCCGCGCGCCGUGUGUGUGGCGCGCUGCGAAGAAGCCAUCGACGCGCAGGGGCGGCGGACGUGCUUGCGUGUGUGCCAGACCCACCAGAUGGUGCAAUCCAUUUUGAGGCAGUUUGUGAAAUUGGCGGCGCCUGCCUCAUCCCCAACACCAAAGGAGGAACAGCAGGUGCGCUUGGACUUUAUCUGCGUCACAUGCCUCCGUGGCAACGACUAUUUGCCGGAGUUGAUGAGCGAUGUGGCCGUGGAGGACUUGUGGCCUCGCUAUCUACGCUGGCGUGGGGCUGGUGCGACAGGAUUGGUGGACUCGGAGAGUGAUGACUCUGGAGAGCAUUUGGUGCUUCUGCGCGGGGCAUUUGCAGACUUCCUCGGAGGGCUGGGAGGUGCCUGGAGCCCUCAGAAAGUCACUGCUUGGAGCGCCAAGGAGGGCGCGCAGCAGUACGUGGAGGCGCUAAUGUGGUGCCUUGAAACCUACGCCACAGGCCACUGCCCAGAUCUCCAGCGUCGCUUCUGCGCGGCACUGCAGCACUUUGCCUCCGCCGCGCUCAUCGCGCAGCAGCUGCCGAUAUUGGAGCCUGGCUGUUGCAAGGCGCUGCGCAGCGAUGCCAAGCCACUUUCGCCGAUGGCCUGUGCGUUGGCGGUGCUGCCUGUGGCGGAUGUGCGUUGCUGGCUGCUGCCGCAGCAGCCCAGCCUGGCCCCCUUGCUGGAGGAGUCUGGUCUGCUGGGGGAGGUGGCCAAAUUGGAGACCUGCCGAAGUUGCCAGCGCUUGACCAGCUCUGUGGUGAACGGCCCCACGGUGGGAAAGAAAGCGGAGAAGAACCGGAAGGCUUUGGAGGUUCAUCGCCGUGAGCAUCAGGACAUCGAUGCGGUUUCAUUGGAAGCCCUGGACGCUGAAGUGCAUCGCUUGAUUUCCGCCCAGCCACCUGAGGGCUGCCCCGCGGCUCUAGCUGCGCUGCCUGCGGCAGAGGCGGAGGAGACGAAACCCAAGAGGGCCAAGCGGCGGCGGAGAUGA